UUUUCCUCUCUCUCUCUCUCUCUCUCUCUGUUCCUUUUUCUCGUGCGCGCUUCUUCGAUUCUUGUGAAUCUCGACGAGGUUUUUCCUCGAAAUCCUUGGCGAAGAGUGAAUGGGAAGUGUUUGUGAUCUCUGGAGUUUUGAGAAAUCAAGAGAUGGUGUUGGAAUCGGGCUCUAACUCUUCAAUGGCGGCGUCGCCGGGGUCGAAGAGGAGCAGAGAUCCGGAGGAGGAGGUCUACGUUGAUAACCUCCACUCCCAUAAACGCUACCUCAGUGAGAUAAUGGCUUCAAGUCUGAAUGGGCUGACAGUUGAGGAUUCCCUUACGGAGAAUCUCAUGCAGUCUCCAUCAAGAUCGGAAACCAAUUUCUAUCCUCGGGAGGAUUGCGUUCCUUACUCUCCGAUGUCAGAAGACUCCGAUGAUUGCCGGUUCUGUGAGACACCAUUGAACUCAUCAAUGGUCCAAGCUGAUCCCUUCAGCAUCCCAACGAGCCCAGUUUCGCCACACCGACAUCAAAAACAGUUUAUUGGGCAUUCCUCCCUCAACCCUUACCCUUUACCUGGCUGUACUCUCCCAUCUGUUGUUUGCUCCAAUUCCCGCCACCGCAGCUCAGAUUCAGAAGGCCGGUUUCCGUCAUCACCAAACGACAUGUGCCACACUGCUGACUUAAGACGCGCCGCUCUCCUGAGAUCGGUGCAAAUGAGAACACAGCCACAUUACUCUCAACCAUUUGAAUUACCAUUCAACAGUGGCCAUGAAAGCAUGCAGAGUGAAGAAGACGGUGAAGACCCGCCCUUUUCAUGCUUAAAAAACUCAGAUGAUGACCCGGGCGGUUAUCAAAGCCCCGAUCACAUACCGGAUUAUGUCGAUGACUGCUCAGCGGCAACUGUCGGGGAUGUUUCCUCUGAUAGGAAUUGAAGAACUAACAAAGAGUAGAUAUUGUUGUAGUUUUUUUUUUUCACUUUGUGUGUUUGCAUUGCAGACUUGCGGUGCUUUCUUGCUAACAUUUGUUUCAAGAGUGAAACAGAGUUUAAAACUUUGAGCUCUUGUGCUAAUUGUUUCUUGCUUUGUUAAGCAAUGACUGUGACUUCAAUUGUAACUGAGUGAUUAAUCUUUCUUUUUUAAAAAAAAUAUUUAUGGCCUUGUA